CCAUGGGCAAGGUUGGCAGGGCCCGUGCCGUGGCUCCACUCGAUCUGGCAAAGGAAGGUUGAUCACAGGCCGUUGACGGGGGUUGCAGAGCUGCCAGGAGUUUCUAUUUUGAGGCUGAGACGAGGCUGCUAAUUAUAAGCUAGCAGGAGGGCAGAGCCGGGAGCCAGGCAUGCGGUGUGGGAGCUGCAUGUCCUGGGGGCUGGGUAAUGGGAAUGAGCUGUCCCAGUCAGCCAAGAACAUCAGGGCCAGAGGGUUCUGGAAGGGGCCAGGCCCCUACGGGAGGGGAUAAAAGCUGCCGGCCCCCGGCCCCGAGCAGAUCGGCCCCCAGCCCCCACUGGAGAGGACUCAGCCCCGAGCCGGCGGCAGCCCCAGCAGCAGCGAUGCUAUGCCACCUGCACCUCCUGCCGCCCGCCCCCGGCCCCGGCCCCGUGGCUGCCCGGCUGGGCCCCCUGCGCACUCUGUGGCCGGCCCCGGGUGCCCUCUUUGCUGAGCUGGAGCGGGAGCUGCUGCGGGAGCUGGAGACAGCCAGGGAGUUUGCAAGCAGCAUGGGGCAGCUCGUGGCUGGCGGAGGGAGCGGCAGCCCCGGCGGGGAGCCAGGCCAGAGCUCCAGCGCGGCCCUGGCCCAGGGGACAGCCGAGCCCUUUGCCGUGCGGCAGGACGUCCGGGGCUUCGCGCCACAGGAGCUGGCGGUGAAGCUGGUGGGCAGGAAGGUGCUGCUGACGGGCAGGAAGGAGACGCAAAGCGAGGACAGCAAAGGCUCCUUCUCCUACAAGUACGAGGUGUUCAAGAGGGAGUGGGACGUGCCCGAGGCCGUGGACACCGACCGCCUGACCUGCUCCAUCUCCAAGGAGGGGCAGCUGUGCAUUGAAGCCCCGUGCCUGGCCCCCCCAGCCAUCCCCGCGAGGAACAUGCCCAUCCAGCUCAGCCCUGCGGGGGGCUCAGAGGACCGGGCUGACGUCAGCAGAGCCCAGGGGUAACUCCCUGAGCUGCUGGCAGUGGCCCCGGCAGAGCAACCAAGAACAGAUUUUUGGAGCCUAAAACAAGUGGCUUCAAAUGAGCAUCCGUUUUUGUCACUAUGGU